AUGGGAGUGCGGCGCGCUGACGUCGGCGCGGGCGGGCGACCAAUGGGAGGAGGGGAAGGCCGCGGCGCGGGGGCGGGAGGUCGGGGCCCAGGGUUUGGUUGCGCUGCGUGCCUGGCCUCGGCUCUCUGCCGGUCGGCCGCCGGGAGCGGCGGGCUUGCACCCGACCAUGGGCAACGUGCUGGCGGCUGGCUCGCCCCUGCCCGGCGCCGGCUUCUCGGUGCCGCCGGGCUUCGCCGUGCCGCCGGUGCCGGGCCCCGAGCAGCAGCGGGCGCGGCGGCGGGGAGCGGGCCCGGGGCUGGGGCUGGGCCCGGCCCGGGGAGGGGCCCGGGCUCCGCCGGCGGCGGGCUCCCCAACCCCGGCACCUUCGAGGAGUGUCACCGCAAGUGCAAAGAACUGUUCCCGAUCCAGAUGGAGGGGGUGAAGCUCAUCGUGAACAAGGGUCUGAGCAACCACUUCCAGGUCAAUCACACCGUCUCUCUCAGCACAACAGCAGAAUCCAGCUAUCAUUUUGGGGCCACGUACGUCGGCACCAAGCAGAUCAGUCCAACCGAGGCGUUUCCAGUGUUGGUCGGGGAUAUGGACAACACGGGCAGCCUGAACGCGCAGGUUAUUCACCAGAUAACGAACAGAGUCCGCUCCAAAAUGGUGCUUCAGACGCAACAGUCGAAGUUCAUUAACUGGCAGGUGGACUCGGAGUAUCGGGGCGAGGAUUACACAGCGACGCUGACCCUGGGGAACCCCGACAUUCUCCUGGGUUCAGGUAUCAUCGUGGCGCACUUCCUGCAGAGUGUAACCCCUCGCCUUGCCCUUGGGGGUGAGCUGGUCUAUCACCGUCGACCGGGAGAGGAAGGGGCAGUGAUGUCAGUGGCCGGUCGCUACACGGGCAGUAACUGGAUCGGGACACUGACCCUCAGUCCGGCGGGCGGACACGCCACAUAUUACCACAAAGCUAACGAUCAGUUACAGGUAGGCGUGGAGCUGGAGGCCAGUUUACGCAUGCAGGACACCAGCGUCACCUUCGGAUACCAGUUGGACCUGCCCAAGGCCAACCUACUGUUUAAAGGCUCCUUGGACAGUAACUGGGUGGUGGGAGCGACCCUGGAAAAGAAGCUGGUGCCCUUGCCUCUGACCUUGGCGCUGGGAGCCUUCCUCAACCACAGGAAGAACAAGUUCCAGUGUGGCUUCGGGCUGACGAUCGGCUAGUCGCAGGCGGUGCGGAGACCCCCCCCCCACCCCUGCCGCUCACAGACGAGGACGAGAAGGACGGACGUUUUUAUAUUUUACUGGAAUGUACAGAGACCUUGUUGUCGAGAGUCCCGCCUUCGGUGGUCCAGGGCGGGGGACUGCAGGGAGGGGGCUGGGGCAGUGCAAUCUCCCCCUCCUCCCCUGGUGACGGGGCUGGGAUUGUGUCCAGUGUGGGGGGGGGGGGGGGUGGCGGUGUGGGGAGAGACCGGCUCCACCUUCACAUGGCAUGCGUUACAUCUGGGGUGGUCCCUGAGUCCGAACAGUCAGACCCCACCCCUCUCUCUCUCCCCUCCCCUCCCACCCCCCCCUCUCUCUCCCCUCCCUCCCUCUUUCUCUCCC